AUGGGUUCCAAGCCCGAAACAUUUCUUUUGAAGUGCCACUUGGCCAGAAGAACACCCUUUUUAACGCCAUUAUCGAACGUGUGCGAAGUGUGCGAAUACCAGCAGUUGGUGUUCGUUGGGUGGUGUGCCAUAGUAAAAAUGAAAUUACCCCAUGUGGCUGGUGCCGGCAAAAAAAUGAUCAAUGAUGUGGCUCUACUGCUGACGGUGGUAUUCGGUAUAACGGUUCCAGUGGCAGCUGUCGGAACGAACCAGCCCCAAAUUGACCGAGUUUUUGAAGCAGGUUCCACGUCGUGCCCCACCGACAGCACAUGUGUACCACCGUUCCAGUGUACCACCACCCCCAUGAUGAUGGAACGAUCGGAUAUAGUGGACGAAUCGAUGACGCCACCAGCGACCGGCCGACGACGGUGCCGUAUUAACGCCAACUUUGACGGCAUCUGUUGCCCCCAGAUGAGAAAUGGCGAAGACAAUGACAGCGAGGAAAAUUCACGAUUUUCCCCUGCUCAAAGCAGCGAAAUCAAUCACGGUCGUAAAAGUGGCCAAAGAAAUGUUCCAGACUUGUUACUUGGUGCUUGUGGUUACUUGGGUAACACAUCGGAAAACCCACACAUCCGCACCAAACGCUGCCUGGUUGGAGGUGAAUGUCUGCACAAGCACUUGCGCUAUCGUAGAUUCGACGGGAAAUGUAACAACGUGCUUCACGGGCGAACCCUGUGGGGCUCAGCAGGAUAUCCAAUGGAACGCAUCCUGCCACCGGCUUACGGCAAUGGGGUGUGGUCCGCGCGGGUUCUUUCCGUCACCGGGAACUUCCUUCCAAGUGCGAGAAGUGUUUCGGCAAGUUUGUUCGGAGAUCUCCACGUUCCCCACUCAAAGCACAACGUUUUGAUGAUGCAGUUUGGACAGUUUUUGGUGCAUGAUAUUACCAAGAACAAGGGACAUUCGGAUACGGCUCAAUGUUGUCUGGAGGACGGCAGCCAUCGCGUUGCGAAUCCUCAUCCGGCAUGCCUUCCGAUUCCGGUUUCGAAGGUUGAUCCGUUUUAUUCGCAAUUUGGCGUGCGAUGUCUGGAGUUUGUGCGGACUGCGAUUGCUUCGAGGCAGAAGUGUAACGUCGGACAUGGCAGGCAGAUCUCGGCAGUGACACACUUUAUUGACGGUUCCGGGAUUUACGGCAGUUCCGCUGAAGAUUCGACUCUGCUGAGGGCACUCGAGGGUGGUCGAUUGAAGUCGUUGAAGCACGUGAGGUUAAACAACGAACUGCCUCCGCUGGAUGAGACUGAAGGAGCUUGCGAUAAGAAAGCUGAGAUGUGCUUUAAAGUUGGAGAUGACCGUGUUAAUCAGCUAAUUACACUGGUAGCCGUUCAUACACUAUUUUUGAGGGAGCACAACCGAAUUGCUAAGACUUUGGAUAAGCUGAAUCCACAUUGGAGUGACGAGACAAUCUUCCAAGAAACUCGCCGUAUCGUGAUCGCAGAAAUUCAGCACAUCGUGUUCAAUGAGUAUCUGCCGAACGUUGUUGGUCCAAAUUACAUGCAGAAGUAUGAGCUCCACCCAUCGAAAGGAUACAGCAACUUCUACAAUCCCAAAGUAAAUCCCUCAAUUCUAAGUGAAUUCUCCGCUGCCGCCUUCCGCUUCGGACACUCCACCAUUCCGGACCACCUCGAACUCCCAGAUGGGUUGGAAAAGACUCACAAAACUUUCUUCGACCCGACCCGACUGCGGGAGCCUCACUUUUUCGACGGACUUUUCCGUGGAAUUUUGCACCAGCCCCAACAACUUGUUGACGAUAUGUUUAGCCACAGUAUUACGUGGUUCCUGAACCCCAAGGAGGGCUUCCCGUUUGGGAAGGAUUUAGUUUCACUCAACAUUCAGCGGGGCCGGGAUCAUGCACUGCCAUCGUAUAAUCAUUAUCUGCACCUUAAUGAGCGACAUGUAAAGAAGGAGUUUAGUCAUUUUGGAGCAGUGGUAUCGCCCAAAUUGGCCGACCUGUACGAUCAUCCGGACGAUGUUGACCUGUACGUGGGAGGCAUUCUGGAAACCCCCAUCCCCGGAGCGGUCGUGGGAGAAACGUUUGCCGAAAUCAUCAGUGACCAGUUUGCGCGGCUCAAGGGAGGCGAUCGGUACUUUUACAGCGAAGGGCCGCACACGAAUCCCGGCCAUUUUACGCUGCCACAACUUGAGGAAAUUCAAAAAAUCACACUCGCUGGAUUACUCUGUGCAAACGCCAACGAUCGCCACAGCUUCCAUGUCCAACCGCAGGCGUUUGAUUUACCACAUCACGCUGGUAACCAACCGCAAUCGUGCCACUCUAAUCAAAUACCGAAGCUUGAUUUGAACUGGUGGAAGGAUUAAUUGAAUAUUAAAUAUUCUUUUUUUCUUUCUGCAGCUAUUUAUUUAGCUAUUUGUUUUGUAAUGUCAGAAAACAUGUUUUGUUAAUUAUUUAUUUAUUUAAAUACAUUUGUGUAUAGAAA